CUCGUUUAAUCAAAUCUUCUCUUUUUCAGCUUCUUCCUUAUCUUUCUUACACUUCUCGUAAGACAUAAUCUUAUUUAUUUUUCCAUGGGAACUGUGGAUGCAAUGAGUUCUCAUGGAGAAUAUUUAAAAGAGAUUGAAGUGAACAUUAUUGAUAGGAAACUAGUAGUAGUAGAAGAAGAACCAGAGAAUAUAAGGGCCAUUAAAGCAUCCGUGAAGGUGUUAUUGGAAGGGUUAGGAGAAGAUUCUAAUAGAGAAGGUCUUAUUAAGACACCUCUUCGGGUUGCUAAAGCGCUCUUAGAUGGCACUAGAGGUUACAAACAAAAUGUUAAUGAUAUCGUCCAAGGUGCUUUGUUCCCGGAAGCUGGUCUAGAUAAUGCAGUUGGCUAUGCGGGAGGUGCAGGCGGGCUCGUUGUUGUUCGAGACCUCAACCUUUUCUCGAUCUGUGAAUCUUGUUUACUACCUUUCCAAGUUAAGUGCCAUGUCGGAUAUAUUCCUUCUGAAGAACGAGUAGUGGGCUUAAGUAAACUCUCGAGAGUUGCAGAUGUUUUCGCCAAAAGGCUUCAAAGUCCACAGCGAUUAGCAGAUGAAGUAUGUUCUGGUUUGCAAAGUGGAAUCAGACCAGAUGGUGUUGCGGUUGUCCUCCAGUGUUGGCACAUCCAUUCACCUGAAGUUGAGAUUAACUGUACUAGCCCUCAUUCUUUAUCUUCUAAACAAGACAUUCAAGGAUGGGAGAAAAUUUUGGUCAGUUCUAGUUCAGGAAUUCUUGAGAAUCAAAAUGGAGAUUUUUGGGUUGAUUUUACUUCUCUUCUGAAGUUUAGAGGCGUAGAUGUUGAAAAGGCUCGUACCCAACCUUCCAUCAAUCGUUAUUGGUGUCCAUAUAGGCAUCUUCAUGCAAGCUGCAAUGGUCAUUCAACGCCGGAAGGAAAUCCUUUGAUUCAUAGGGCGCCGUGCAAAACAGAAUCUCCGCUUUAUGCCAUGCAAAAUGCUGUAUCCAUGAUGAUUCAAUCUCUUGGUGAUGACCCAUCAAGGAAAGAACUUUUGGGAACCCCUCACCGGUUUGUGCAGUGGCUAAUGAACUAUAAGAAAUGUGAUCUGGAAUCGCAUAUGAAGAUGAAUGGCGGUGGUUCCGUUCAAGUUCAAGAUGAAUUUUGGUCUGAAUUAAACAUCCCACUGCAAUCUUUAUGCGAACAUCAUCUUUUACCGUUUCACGGUAUGGUUCAUGUAGGAUACUUCCAUUCAAAAGGAGCCGAGCCCAUUAAGAGGUCAACGUUGCAGUCAAUAGUAAAUUUCUUUGGCUGUAAACUUCAAGUGCAGGAAAGGUUAUCAAGGCAAAUAGCAGAAACGAUUUCUUUAAUUUUAGGUGGAGACAUAAUGGUGGUUGUUGAAGCGAACCACAUUUGUAUGAUAUCCAGGGGGAUUGAAAAAGUGGGAAGUAGUACAGCAACGAUAGCUGCACUAGGUCGAUUUUCAAAUGGCCCGACGGCUAAAGCUACAUUUCUCCACUCUAUUUCAAAUGCUACAUCUGCAUAAGGAAAGUGAUGAGUUCCAAUGACUACUCAUUUCCUAAUACCUCAUUUUUUAGUUCACUGUUUAGUAAUCUCUUUUCUAUAUAUGAUCCUUUUUUAUACUUUCUUUGGUGUCUGCAAAUAUAAGACAUAGCCAGAGUAAAGUUUAAACGGGAACUUAAAGACAAAGAAAGGAAGGGGAUCUGGGUUUAGCUGAUGACUGAAGAUAGCGAGAUUCUGGGUGUUCGCAUUUUUCUUUUUUUCCUCCUGGGUUCUAAGUAGUCAAACUCGCGAAACCCUGCCGAGGACAGCCGAGUUUCACUGAGGAAGUCCGUGUAUCACCAGAUUUGUGUGGUUUUAUUUGAAGUUUUACUUGUUUGUUUGUA